ACACAUUUGAGAACAAGAAAGUGUUUUUUUUUUGAAAAGAAACUUAAACAUAAAUGUCGAAAGAGGAAAGCAGCUGUGGGGAUUUAGAUUUUGGUGGUAGCACCAACACCAAAACUCAUAAUUGGGCUAGUGUAUGUCAUACCUGCCAUUCGGUGCCAUGCUCCAUCAACUGUCGGACCAACUCAGCCUACCUCAGUGCUAGUUCUCAAGGUUGCAUGCAUGCCACAAACCGUGAGACAUCCGUUCACGAGCACAUGUGGUUGUGUGACUCUUGCCAGCGUGCUCCUGCUGUGUUCUGGGGUAAUGCAGAUGCAGCUUCUCUUUGUGCUGAUUGUGACGCAGACAUCCACGCUGCCAACCCAUUGGCACGGCGCCACCACCGUGUCCCACUUCUAGGCACCAUUUAUGGCCCUCCAGACACUGACCAUGGCGGUGGAGGUCCCGUGAUGAUCACUCAUGCUGGAGAUGCCACGGAGGAUGAUGGAUUCAUGAGGGAUGCAGAGGAAACAACCUUGGAUGAAGAAGAUGAAGAUGAGGCAGCUUCUUGGUUGUUGCUUAACCUUAUUCCUGCCAAGAACAACAACAGUAGCCAAGGUGGUAACAACAGUAAUGGUAUGUUGUAUGCAGGUAAGGUUGAAGAUGCGUACUUGGACCUUGUGGAGUACAGUUCUUGUCAAGACAACCAGUACAGUGAUGAUUAUAGCAUAAACCAUCAACAGCAGUACUCUGUACCUCAGAAGAAAAUGAAAUAUGAAGGGGAUUGUGUUGUCCCCGGUAAGGGAAAAAAUCAGCUCCAAUAUCAUCAGCAUGGGAGUUUCCAGUUUCUUGGGGUGGAAUAUGAGAAUUCCAACACUGGUUAUCCAGCUUCAAUUAGUCAAAGUGUUUCCAUUUCCUCCUUUGAUGUUGGUGUUGUUCCUGAGUCUACCAUAACUGAUGCCUCAUUCGCCUACCCAAGACCCUCAAAAGGAACCAUUGAUCUCCUAUCUGGUCCACCAGCUCAGAUGCCGUCACAGCUUACUCCAAUGGACAGGGAAGCGAGAGUUCUCAGGUACAGAGAAAAGAAAAAGUCUCGCAAGUUUGAGAAGACCAUCAGGUAUGCCUCAAGAAAGGCCUAUGCAGAAACCAGGCCAAGGAUUAAAGGUCGAUUCACAAAGAGAACUGAUGUGGAGACUGAAGAGGACCAGAUAUUCUCCACAGCAUUGAUGGCAGAGGGUGGAUAUGGCAUUGUUCCAUACUUCUAAACCUAGCAACACAGAUAACAGAAUUCUCCAUAGCUACUUACAAUACAGUAUUUUCAUCAUAUAAUUUGACAAGUUGUGCUAUUAAAUUCCCCGCACUGUUGUAAGUACCGAUAGAUAUGAAUAUUCAUUUAGACUCAGUAGAUGCACA